UCCUUCGCCCGGGAGCGCCGGGGUCACGGGCAAGAUGGCGGCGCCCUGAGGGGAGACCGGGCGUGGGGACGGCGGGGACCGGCUGCGACCUCUGACCUGUGACCCCUGACCCCACGGGGACCCCCCAUCGUCCCCAUCGCGACAUGAGGUUGGGCUGGGUCCGGGCGCUGCCCCCCCGGCUCUGGGGGGGGCCCGGAGCGCCGCAGGUGGCUCGGGGGCUCUGCCAGCGCCCGGCGUGGGACCCCGGCGAGGGGGUCACCCCAGACCCCCCCCAGCCCCGGGGCCGCGUCCCCACCGCAAGGGGGGACCCCUCAGGGGGGGACACCUCAAGGGGUGGCCCCUCACGGGGUGACACUUUAGGGGGCGACACCUUGAAGGGUGACACCUCACGGGGUGACACCUCAAGGGGUGGCCCCUCACGGGGUGACACUUUAGGGGGUGACACCUUGAAGGGUGACCCCUCAAGGGGUGACACCUCAAGGGGUGACCCCUCAGGGGGCGGCACCCCCAAAGCCCCCUCCCCACGCACCUCCUCCCACAAGACCCACCACGACCACCACGAGGACCCCCAGGACGGCGACUCCGGGUCCCCUCCCCCGGGGUGACCCCGCGGCGUUCGCGGCCGCGCUGGGGGGGGCGGCGGCGGGGACGCCCCCCGGGCGCGGCGGGGGCCGCGUGGCGCUGGUGGAGGCGGCGCUGGCGGCGAUGCCGGCGCUGGGCGUGGAGCGGGACCCCCGCGCCUACAACGCCCUGCUGAGGCUGCUGCCCCGCGGGACGUGGGUGCCCCGCGGGCCCGUCCAGCGCCUGCUCUUCCCCUUCCCGCGCCAGCAGGAGUGCGGGCUGCGGCUGCUCGAGCAGAUGGAGCGAUACGGGGUGCUGCCGGACGCAGAGACGCGGUUCCUGCUGCUGGGGGUGUUCGGGCCCCGGAGCCGCCCCAUGCGGAAGCUGCAGCGGAUGCUGUACUGGCUGCCCCGGUUCCGCCACAUCGACCCACCUCUGCCCCCACCGUGCCCCCAGGGCGUGGCGGCCGCGCGGAUGGGGCUGCACCGGAUCGCGAACGACCCUGACGCCAGGGUCACCGUCCUGCAGGCACCGGUGCCCGAGUCAGGGGGAGACGAAGGUUCCGUCCAGCCCUACAUUGUCAGCUCCCAGAGCCCGGAGCAGAAGGAGCUGCUGGCCCAGCACGGCCCCUCCCGGCCCGUGUUCGUGGAGGGGCCGUUCCCGCUGUGGCUGCGCCGGACCCGCCUGAGCUACUUCGUGUUACGGGGGGACCCCCUGCCCCCACACCUCAGGGACCCCCCCCUGGACCCCGAGCGCAGCUUUUACUUCCCCCUGGAGCUGGAGCUGGACCUGGAGCGCGGCCCCUGGGACGACGACGACUUCGACGUGGACGAAGUGGAGGAGGGCCCGGUGUUCGCGCUGUGCGUGGCGGGGGCGGGGGACAGGCGCACCCUGGGUCGAUGGAUUUCGGCGCUGCAGGAGGAGAACCCGGUUUUGGGGAGCACCCCCGUCAUCUUCCGCCUCUCCCAGGGGGGCCCCCACCCGCCUGGGUCCCCCGAGGGGUCCCAACCCCCCAGGCUGGGCACGGGGAACCCCCCAGGGGCGGAGCUGGAGCCCCCCGAGGGGCAGGGUGGGGAGGGGGGAAAGGGGGGGGACCCCCCAAAAAGCAGUGGGGAAUAAAGGGGUGUUGUG